GUCAUCACGGAGCCUGCCUGUCAAUACGGUGAAGAAAUGCAGUGUUUGGUGCUGCAGACUCCGUGGAGGUUUAUGAUAUCCUUGCGUGUUUGUUAAAUGUCUGAAAUGGCCUCGCGCCAGAAAUACCGGUUUAUUCGUCCGUUCGCCCCCUGACGACGUGCGGUUUUAAAGACAGCGUGUGGGCUAAGCGCUCGCUAGCCGUCGCCAUCGAAAUAAGACUGGGUUCGUGGACAGAAGAAAGAAAGAAGACGACAGGAUCUGGACACGUUUACACAGACCUAUGCGACUCUUAUCAGGUGAGCGAUGGAUAUGAGAGAGGUGUAUGUGGUGGCUGGCAGCUUCGUGGGGUUCCAGCUGUUCUUCUCCUGCGUCAGUCCGGUUCUGUCUUCCAACUUCACACACGGUUAUGGGAAACUUCCACCACGCAAACUCAACGACUGGAACUCCAGGCUGGUGUCCACUGUCCAUGCUUUAAUUGUGGGGCUGUUCUGUCUCUAUAUCCUCUGGUACGAUGAUGCCGUCAAUGAAGACCCUGUCUGGGGUGAUCCUAACCUGGUUAAGCUCAAUGUGGCCAUCACCUGUGGUUACCUGUUCUAUGACCUGGUGCUUCUAGCUUGUAACUGGAGUACCAUGGGUGACGCGUUUUUUGUCUGUCACCACUUGGCGGCGCUGUAUGCUUAUGGAUAUGUGCUGAACCGUGGAGUGCUUCCUUAUUUUGCUAACUUCCGACUGAUUUCAGAAUUGUCAACGCCAUUUGUGAAUCAAAGGUGGUUUUUCGAAGCGUUGGCCUACCCUCGUACCGACCAGCUGGUUGUCAUCAACGGCAUCGCCAUGGCGGUCGUGUUCUUCCUGGUGCGGAUUGCCGUGAUGCCGCCCUACUGGGCGAAGGUGUUUGGCACGUUCGGUACGCCAGCGUUUGAAAGGCUUGGUCUCAGUGCUCAGGUGGCUUGGAUCUUAUCCUGCAUUUGUUUGGAUAUCCUGAACACAAUAUGGAUGUACAAAAUCGCCCGCGGCUGCUACAAGGUCAUUACCGGCAAGCUAAGAGGGGGCAAAGCGGACGCCAAAAAGACCAAUUUCGUGAACAACCACACAGACUGAGAAUCAUCCGCAAUAAAGACAUGUAGAUUAGACGUAUUCUCUUCCCAGAA